AUGGGCUCCGGCGCAGUCUGCCAGCUGGACUGCACCGCCACCGUGGCGCUUCCGCCGGACGCGGUCUUUAAUGUCGUCCGAGACCCGCAUAAUCGGCGCGUCUUCAAGAAUGUCAAGGUGAAAGGCGGUGCUGUUCUCGUGUCCGUGAGAGACGUGCGAGUGGUGAGCGACGACGGCGACGUGCAGCACGUGGAGAUGAACAUGGCGUUCCUCUGGCGCCUGCCCGCCAUCUCCGGCACCUUCACCGCGCACGUUCUCAUGAUCCAGGACCGUCCCAACCGCAUGCUCUCGUACGAGCUCACGCGACCCGGAUUCAUGAAGAAAUUCCAGGGCUUCUGGAAGGUCGAGCCGCUCGUCGUGCCCUCGUCCUCCUCCAUCUGCGGCGCAGACGAGGGCGAUGAUCGCUGCAGCGAUGACUCUAGCUCGAGCAGCAAACCCAACGAUCCCAGCAAUAUCAGUAAAAGCAACAGCCAUGACAGCACAAACAGCAGUAGUAGCAGCGACAAGCCCGUCAAUGGCAACGAUCCGUCUCAGAGCCCAAUCAGCAUUCUUAGCUAUGAUAGUUGCCCGGAUCUCCUUGCUUUCGCAAAAACCGCAGAGGCUGCAGGAACCACGUCAGUACUCGCCGCGCCGACUGACGCAUGCCCUGGAUCGGCGACUAAGUCCCACGAUGUUUCGACGGAAGGAGCGUCGUCCGCUGCGGCGGUUGCAUCAGGUGCGGUAGCAGCAGAAGCAGGAGGAGAGGUGUCACCAGCGCCAUCGGCAGCGGCGAAGCGCGUCGCGUCUCGCAUCGUGCUGCAUCAGACCGUACAGCCCUCCGUGGCGCCUCCCCCGGUUUUCCGCAAGUGCCUCAAGGGAAUCCUGCAAACCGCAACGCGCGACAUGCUCGAGGAUUUCCAAUCUGAGGCGGCGCUGAUCCGCUGCGGCCGUGGCGAGCGGCUCGGAGAGACAGAGGAGGGAGGUAAAGAGGCCCAGAUAGCGCGGGAACGAGCCGGAAGUAACCUAGAUGUGUAUUUUAUCAUUUACAGCAAGUAA